AACAAAAACUACCCAUGAAGCCUCAAUUUCCUCAACUAUAAGAUAAGAGAAAAUAGUCGAUGAUGAUUAAGUGAGAGCAUACAGUAUUCAUGCAGAAGAUGUGAACAACACUUGAAUUUAUUCAGUCUAAUCAUUUUCUGCUUAUAUAAUGUCCACGUAGGAUAAUUCUGUUUAUUACUAUUAUUUAGCCUACUGCAGAAACAUGCAUAACUUGAGAAAUAUGCCAGCUACCUUGAACUGAAUUCUUAGGAAAUUAAAUAUAUUAUCUUAGCUUUCAUGCAUGCCAUUUCGGUCCAACAUGUCUCUUUCAAAUGUCACCAGUUACACAUAAUAUCUCUAAUCUCUGACCUAUGCUGGUGACAAAUCUCCACCUAUUGUGAUGUCAUCCAUUACUUUAUGGUAAUAUCUCACAUAUUUUUCCUGGUUACAGUUUAAAGGGCACUUCUGUUUGUGGAGUAAAGCCUAGCACAUUAUCAAACUAUGUAGCUGGAGGAUUACAGUAUGCUUACCUCUUAUUUUAUUUCUACACUGCUGCUAUAAGUAACAAUGAGUAAAUCGACUAAAUUAUGUCGUAAGACUUCUUGUCCAAGAAGCAAUAUAUUCUGUAAUCUCCUUGACAAAAUUGUUAAAAGACCCUCUUUGCAGUUUUUGGGUCAGUGGGGAUAUCACUGUUAUGAACCUAGGAUUUACAGGUCACUGGCAAAAAUUCUGAGGUAUGUGGACUUGAAUGGUUUUGACGCACUACUCACAGAUUACAUUGCAUUUGUGGAAAAAUCAGGAUACCGUUUUGAAGUAAGUUUCAACCUCGACUUUACUGAAAUAUGUGUGAAUACAAUUCUGUACUGGGUUUUUGCCAGAAAAGGUAAUCCUGACUUUGUGGAAUUGCUUCUCAAGAAGACAAAAGACUAUGUUCAAGACAGAAGCUGUAACCUGGCACUGAUAUGGAGAACUUUCACACCAGUAUACUGUCCAAGCCCAUUAAGUGGCAUCACACCUCUCCUUUACGUAGCUCAGACAAGACAGUCUAAUAUCUUUAAAAUAUUACUGCAAUAUGGAAUCUUAGAAAGAGAAAAAAACCCUAUCAACAUUGUCUUAACAAUAGUACUCUACCCUUCAAGAGUGAGAGUAAUGGUUGAUCGUGAAUUGGCUGACAUCCACGAAGAUGCCAAAACAUGUUUGGUACUAUGUUCCAGAGUACUUUCUGUCAUUUCAGUCAAGGAAAUAGAGACACAGCUGAGUUUAGGAAGACGUCCAAUUAUUUCGAAUUGGUUUGAUUACAUUCCUUCAACAAGAUACAAAGAUCCAUGUGAACUAUUACAUCUUUGCAGAGUAACCAUCAGGAACCAACUAUUAACCAACAAUAUGCUCCCAAAUGGAAUAUUUUCACUUCUAAUUCCUGCUCGUCUACAGAACUAUCUGAAUUUAGAAAUCUAACACACAUCGAUGUCCUAAGUUCCUUAAUAAUGCUUACCAAUGUAUGGCUGAGAAGUUAAUAAAAAUUAACUUCAAGUAA